UGUCGGCCAAAUGAUUGCAGCCUACACAGCUGCAUGAAAUAGCAUGGACUCACUUGCAUCUACAUAAAAAGUUAAAUUCAUUUAGAACCCAUCGAAAGCCUGCUCCCAUCAUCAUCAUCAUCCCCAAUUCCUCAUGGCGUUAUUUCCAAUCUUUCUCUUUAUAUGAACCCAGCUGAAUUCCUUCAGUAAUAUUCCUUGUUAGUAAGUAGUAAGAGAAGAAGUAGACAGCUGACUUCUGUUCAGCUCGAAGAUGGAAGAUAUAGCAGCAGCAGAUGCUGGAUUUGAGCAUAAGAAGAAAGGGUGGAAGCAAGCAAAUGACAUGUCUCAGACGACCAUUGAUUUGUUCAGGAAAUAUCUUCUGUCAAAACCUCAGGACCACAACGUUGGUAAGACCAACGAGGAAGAAUCAGAAGCCUUGAAAAAGAAGCUUCCACCUCGACCUCUUAUCCCUUUAUUGCCACCUAAGUUUGCCUCUGACAAAUUUUCUCGACUCCCCACUUCUUUUCUGCAACAAGAAUCACUCCCAGGAAUCAGGUGCGACGAAAUACGAACAAGUUCAACUGGUGUGGUGUCCUCGAAAGCACAGCUAACGAUUUUCUAUGCCGGGGUUAUCAACGUGUAUGAUAAUGUUCCAACUGAUAAGGCCCAAGCCAUCAUGCUUCUGGCUGGAGAGAGCUCCUUGUCGAAGCCUAUUGCAAAUGAAAAGCCCCAAACCGACGCAAAAACACCACUUCCUCCACCCAACGUGGAAUCUUCUUGCAAGCUACAAGCAGACCUUCCAAUUGCAAGAAAAAUUUCACUCCAGCAUUUUCUUGCAAAACGCCGUCACAGGAUAGGAAACAAUUCUCCCUACGCACCAGCUGCCAACAAAGAUGAAGAGAAGGUGGACAAUAAUGAGCUAAAAUUAGAGAAUAAGAAUUCCAAAGACAAUAAUCACAGCAUUUCGCUUUCGCCAUUACCUUCAAGAUUAGGAUACUUUUUACCUGUAGCAGCUAACAGGGGUUGCCAGGCUUAGUACUAAGCGUAGUUAUUAAUAUUUAUUUCUAACAUUUUAAUGUUAAUUAUGCACUAUUUAUGUAAACUUGAAAGUGCUUCUAAAAUUGUACACAAUUUUAUUUUUUUUC